AUGGAUCGCUCCAACAAGCCCGCCGCCAUUGGGGUGGCCGCUUCCCUUCCCCAGCCCACCGUCACCAUCCACGACAAUCGCAUCGAGGCCACCCUGCCUUCCGGAGAGUCGGUGCAGGUGUAUCUGUACGGCGCCACGGUGACGUCGUGGAAGCUGGCCAACGGGGAGGAGCAGCUGUUUGUCAGCUCCAAGGCCCAUCUGGACGGCUCGAAAGCCAUCCGGGGCGGCAUUCCGGUUGUGUUUCCGGUCUUCGGUCCCCCGCCAAAGAACCACGCCACGUCCGCUCUGCCGCAGCAUGGCUUCGCACGCAGCACGAACUGGGAGUUCCUGGGCAAAUCGACGUCCGAGUCGCUGGGCAGCGACAAGAGCAAGACGCAUAAUGCGGUCAAGCUCGACUUUGGCCUGUCGUCCGACAUGCUGAGUGAGGAAUUCCGCAAGGCGUGGCCGUACGAAUUUGGGCUCGUGUACAGUGUCACCCUCAGCUCGGAGGGUCUGGAGACCUCGCUUCAGGUGCAGAACAAAGGGACCGAAGCAUUCGAGUUCCACGUGCUGUUGCACAACUAUUUCCGAGUCAAGGCAAGCGACUUCACCCCAUCGCUUGGAGUGAAUUCUCUGGCUAACGCUGCUACUUUCUUUAACCUCCAAAACAAGUCCUACACGGACAAGACGGACAACUACGCCCUCAAGACGGAAUCCUCUCCCGCGAUCGCCAUCACGCAAGAGACGGACCGCGUCUACCAAGACGUGGACCCCGCUGUGCCCGUCAUCGUCGCCACUGCCGACGACGACAGUGCCCCGCUGUCGAUCACCCGCCAGGGACUGAACACCAUCACGCUGUGGAACCCGUGGACGGAGAAAGCCAAGGGGAUGAGCGACUUUGGAGACGAGGAGUACAAGGAGAUGGUCUGCGUGGAGCCGGGCGCUGUGGGCGGUUGGCAAACGCUCGAGGCGGGCGAAUUCUGGGAGGGCAGCCAGACAAUACGGCCGCGGUUGUAA